AUGGAACAAAAUAUUCAAGGAUUUCGGCCUAUUUACAUCGCAGCCAUGGCUUUUGGAUUAGCAUUUGUAAUUCUUGUAGGUAUAUGGACUGGAGGGUACCUGGGAGGAUUUGCUUGGAGAAGUACUCCAGAACUUCAAUUCAAUUGGCACCCUUUGCUCAUGUCGAUUGGAAUGAUAUUUCUCUACUCUAAUUCUAUGCUGAUAUAUAGAAGCUAUCGAAGUUGUUGCAAAAGAACUCUUAAAAUUGCUCAUUCAGCUAUACAUGGAUUGAUAUUUUUGCUUACUAUUAUCGCAUUGAUAGCAGUAUUUGAUUCACAUAAUUUGCACAUGAAGGAUGGACAAAGCGAUCCGAUACCUAAUAUGUAUUCCUUGCAUUCGUGGAUUGGAUUAACUGCUGUUAUAUUAUUCGCUUGUCAGCUAUUAUCAGGAUUUGUGACAUACUUAUAUCCAGGCCUAACAUCUAAUAUCAAAACAACCUACAUGCCAGUUCAUACAUUUUUUGGUAUAGCAAUAUUUAUAUGCGUCGUGGCAGCAGCACUACUUGGCUUGUCAGAAAAAGGAUUUUUUGUAAUGAAAAGCAAUUAUGCAGAUUUACCGGCUCAAGGAGUUCUUUUAAAUUCUAUUGGAAUAUGUUUGAUCAUAUUCACGGGUUUAACAACAUAUCUGGUCACCGAAAAAAGCUAUAAACGUAUUCCUUUACCAGAGGAUGAAUUUUUAUUAACAAGUCAUGACAAAUAAAGACAUAAUAGUAAAAGAAACCUUUGGCGUUGGACUGCUAAUGUUGGACUAACUCUACCGCUUCAACUGUAUCAGGCUGACAAUUGCGUUUUGAAGACUGCUACUGAAACCCUUUCAUCUCUAUGAUACGAGCAAUAAUUUAUUUCAUGA